AUUCUGUGUGGAUGUGGAUCAUAUUUCAUAUCAUCAAUCAUGACCACCUUUGAGCCAAACACCAUAUUCCACCAACUUGGCGAAAUUAAUUAAAAAUACUGUUACCAUUUAGAAAAUGAGUUAAAACUCCCAAAAAUAAAAAUGCGGUCGAUUUCUGCUACUCCAUUGCCUAAUUGCUGCAACUCUUAUCGCCCCCACCAUCCAAAUCUAAGGAGAAAUCUCUCUCUUCAAUCCUUUUCCAAAAGGAACCGAACCCAGUUUAGAAACCUCUGUGCUUUCAUCGACCUUGCUCAAACACACAGCUGCAGCAAAGAGAUAGAGAAAAGCAACAAAUCCGACCCAUAUCAGAACCAUUCAAUUCUUUUGCAGUUUUUCGCCUCCACUGAUUCUAAUUCCACCAAUAGACAGAUCCCAGAAGCGCAAAAGCGGGAAGAAGAGGAAGAACAAGGUGACGGCGAUAACAAGAACCCAAAGGUGCUUUUCACUAACAUGUGGUGGGUGGACUUCAAAGGGGCAUUGGGGCAGAGGUUUAACUUUGGGGCCAUCGUUUGUUCGGCAAGGGUGGUCUUUAAAGACCGACAUUUGGCUCUCCCUCAUGUUUCCGUGCCGGAUAUAAGGUACAUUGAUUGGUCUGAGCUGCGUAGAAGGGGUUUCAAGGGUGUUGUGUUUGAUAAAGAUAAUACAAUUACUGCCCCUUAUUCGUUAAAGCUUUGGGGUCCUCUUGCGUCCUCGUUAGAGGAGUGUAAAUCGGUCUUCGGGCCCAAUAUUGCAGUGUUCAGCAACUCUGCCGGGCUGUAUGAGUACGACCAUGAUGGUUCAAAAGCUAAGACGCUUGAAAGGGCUAUUGGAAUUAAAGUUAUAAGGCACAGGGUGAAGAAACCAGCUGGAACGGCUGAAGAAGUUGAGAAACACUUUGGAUGUGAAGCGUCCCAACUUAUUAUGGUGGGUGAUCGGCCCUUAACUGACAUUGUUUAUGGCAAUAUAAAUGGUUUCCUUACAAUUCUAACGGAGCCUUUGAGUCUGACAGAGGAGCCAUUCAUUGUUAGGCAGGUGAGGAAACUAGAAACGUCCUUGGUGAAAUGUUGGUCAAGGAAAGGUUUGACGUCAACCAGUCACAGGUUAUUGCCAGACACCACUCUGUGUGUAAUAGAUCUGCCCAAUGUAUAAGAAUGAUUUUGGAUAAUAUGCAGAGGCAGAUUUUUUGUAGCCAUCAGUCAGAGGAAAUUGUUUAGUGUUCUGAUUCUUUAAUUCUAGGAAAGGACAGGAAGUGAAGGUAUUCGUUUUUCCAAUUUA